GCCCAAGCCGCUCCCAGAUCCGCACUAUUUGCACCAGAACCCGCUCCGCCCAGAUCCGACUUUCUCAUCAUCGGCCUCUUUACACUGCGCCUGGCCCUGCGCCUGAUCGCCUCGCUCCCCGCCUACGACACCCGCGCCACUGACAUGACCUGGCUGCAGACCUUCCUCGCGCCGUACGAUUCCGCGUACGAUCUUGCAAAGAUAAGCGGCGCCGCGAAAGCGGAGUUCCUCGAUGCGUAUCCGAAGCUGCUGGCGCGCAUGAAGAGGCAGGAUAAGUAUCCUGAAGUGUUCAUGGCGAUGAAUCCCACAGUUUUGCCGCGCAGGAGGGCGCUGGUCGGAAAGGGCGGGAUGGGGGACGCUGAGAGGAGAGAGAUUGUUGACUUUGUCGAUGCGGCGACGGAGUGGGGGUCUACGGUGCCUGUGCCCCGUGAUGAGAGCGAGAAUAUACUGAAGAUGGCGGAUUGGAGACUUGUUGCUGAUUUGGGCACUGGGAGGGGUGGAAUUGGU